AUGGGCAUGCGCCCUCUUUCUCUCCACGUUUCCGCUCUCAACGACGAUGAAUACGCAACAUUCACCUCUUCGCUUGAAGACCUCGCAGUUCCCGAUGCUACCUCGCCAGGAGAGAUCCACUACGAGAAGCUCUCCGUGACAUCGCGCGAGGCUCGUGCAUGGCUCCGAGGCCGUUACCCUGACCUGCCUUUGAACGAUCUCGACGCUAUAUUACGACUAUUCGCACCACCGCCGGGGCAGGAGCCUGUACUCUCCGGAAACCAGUUCUUCGCCAUUCUCCGUCUAGUUCUACAUGUCCGGAGCGGUGCCGAGCUCGACAGAAACCUUGUAUUUACUCAAGUCCAUCCGACACUAUCCAAAAGCCGUUCUCAAUCCCCUCUCAAACAACCACCGCCACGACUGGCUCCACCCACACGACCCCGCCAAUCCUCCGCCAGCACAAUAUUCGACGAUCCAACAUCUGACACGAAUCCAUUUCACCACACACCUAAUGAUCAUUCAACACCGACGCAACCUCCCGUCCACCCUGAUCGACGGCCGUCGCCUCCUGCUACCCUUCCGGCAGCUCCUAACCAUCAUACCUUCAACCCGUUUGUGAAUCGCGCAAAGACCACACAGUCGACCACAAGCCCAGUUGUAGCAGCAGCGCAGCUCGAUUCCAAGCAAUCAGCGGAACGUAAACUCCCUCCUCUUCCACCACGUAAACCGCCUAUCAUCCCGCCAAGGACUGCUUCGAUUUUGGUUCCCAGCGCAUCCUCUUCCACAGCGUUAGCCGCACAGUCGAAACCACCCCCUCCUCCACCAUUCGUGCCAAGGGUUCCGCAUCUGACAACUGCACUCAUGAAGACAUCCUUGCAGGCGAGCAAGGCCGCGCAGACUGCCAAGAAGGCCGACGCAGAACGCGAGUCGACGCGGAUCCUACAGGUGCUCAAGAGCAGCAAUGCAGGACACUCGCGCAGCCGCAGCCCCGCACGGAACGGCAGCAACAGGCACAGCAGUACUGGCUCAAUGUCCUCAUCCGACGAGCGCCAAUCACGCCCGGCACUCGUCCCGGCGCUCCCUCCUCGGCGGAAGCUUAGUCCACCACCAUCGUCCGCCGCCUCCACGCGCUCCUUCGAGUCCAUCGCAAACGCGACGCUGUCCAAUGAACCCGCGUUCGCCUCCGCCCCUGCGUACGGCACGUUCACGCGCAAGCCGUACUCCAGCACCCCCGCGGCGUCCCGAUCUCCAUCCCGCUCGCCAUCCCGACCGACAACGGAUCUCCCGCCGCCGAUGCACCCCGACCGCAAGCUGCUUCCGCGGAUUGGCGUGGAUCCACCCUCACCCGUGUCGCGCGUGACCCGCUCCAAGUCGAUGCACCAAUCAUCGCCGCCUCCGAUCCCGCCACCGCUGCGCAGGAAACGUCCCGAGAGCGUGCAGCUUCCGCCCUCGCCCUCCGGCUCGCCAAUGCACUCCGCCUUCUUUUCUGCUGUAUCGCCUUCGACGGCGUCGGCAACGUCAGCUGCGGGGUUCCCGAGGCUUGCGCGGCACCUCUCCUUGUCAGCGAAGAGGGAGGGUGGACCCGAGUCGACGGUAGCGGACCUGCGAAAGACAUUUAGUGGGUUAGGGCCAAAAUUUGAUAAGGCGAGGUAUAAGGCGGAGGCAGGGCUGAGUCGGAGGGGUUAUGUUCCGAGCGGAGGACUGUGGAGAGAGGAAGGGGAGGAGAGAUUGGUUGGGUUUGGAACGCGGGAGAGGGCCCAGAUCGGUGCACGCAGAGGGGACGGCGCUGGAGGAGAUAGUGGGGAUGAGGAGGGGGUGGGAGUCGACGAGGACUCUACGCUGGACGGGUUAGAUGACGAGGAGGACGCGCUUGGGCUGCGGGGACGGAAUGUUGAGAGAGACGAGAUGAAGUGGCCGGCCGGGGAGGGUUGGAAGCCUCUUUAGUUCGUCUCAUGAGUUAUCACUGCGUUCGUCCUUUCAUGUUGCAGACUGCGCAUGCAACCAUGCAAGAUAUGAUAGACAUGCUUUAGGAAGUCUCUACGGUACACCAACAUGAUUUCGUAUUUGUACGAUUAAGUAGUCAGCUUGUUGCAUAUUCGAGGCGCUUGACCAAUGCAUACAAGUCACUGUACAUGCAUCGU